AUGAAGAAUUGGGUUAUUCGUGAGAUUAAUAGCACUAGUGUUGUUGCAUUUGAACUCGGGUUUGCUGGCGGCGCUGACAACAGCGGCGGCGGGCUUGACAGCAGCGGCGGCACAGCGGGUGGCAGAGGCAAUGCGGCGGGCGAUGGCGGCGUCGAGCAGGAGGACGGAGUAGCGAGGCAGCAGCGUCAGGGACGGCGACGCAAGCGAGGAGGAACUCCAGCGGCUGGCGGGACGGUGGUCGACUCGGGUGGAGUGGCGGUGGCGCGAGGAGGCUUGGGCAACGUCGGAGACAGCGGCGGCGGGUGCUGUCGGUUCGCAAGCAGAGCGCGGCAGGUCGUCACGGGCGGAGGCGCGGCGAUGGCUCGAGCUGCUGCGCGGUGCUUUGGCGGACGUCCGGCGCCGGCAGCAAUGGCGCGAAGGUGUGGGCGUCGCUCGAGGUGCGAGAACGGCGGCUCGGCGUCGAGGAGAAAGGGCGGACUUGCGGGUGGCUUUGGCGGCGAGCUGCUCCCGGCUUCUCAAAUGGGUUUCGGGAAGACAGUGGCGGUCUCGGUUGGUCGAGCGGCGUCGGGUUGGGGCGGCGAGGAGGACAGCGGCUCGGAUGGCGUUGGGCAGUGCCGGUUUGCUGGCGGCGGCGCGACAACAGCAGCGGCGGCGGGCUUGACGGCAGCGGUGGCGCGGCGGGUGGUAGAGGCAAUGCGUCGGGCGGCGGCGGCAUCGGGCGGGAGGACGGAGCGGCGAGGCAAAGCCGGCUGCGCGUCGUCGGGGAGGCGGCGGCGAGCUCGCGGCGAAGCGGUGACGCGAGCUUGCGGGCGAGGAGGAACUCCAGAGGCUAGUGGGACGGUGGCCGACUCGGGUGGAGUGGCGGUGGCGCGAGGAGGCUCGGGCGACGUCGGAGACAGCGGCGGCGGGUGCUAUCGAUUCGCGAGCAGAGCGCGGCAGGUCGUCACGGGCGGAGGCGCGGCGGUGGCUCGAGCUGCUACUGACGGUGCUGGUGGACGUCCGGCGCUUCGGCAGCAACGGGGCGAAGGUGUGGGCGUCGCUCGAGGUGCAGAGAACGGCAGCUCGGCGUCGAGGAGAAAGGGCAGACUUAUAGGUGGCUUUGGCGGCGAGCCGCUCCUCGGCUUCUCCGAUCUGGGUUUCGGGAAGACAAAGUGGCGGUCUCGGUUGGUCGAGCGGCGUCGGGUUGGGGCGGCGAGGAGGACAGCGGCUCGAUGGUGUUGGGCAGCGCCGCCGUUGCCCUCCUCCCCUCCGUUUCCUCAUAUUUGGGUUCCGGAGAAGACGGCGGGGGACGGCAUCGAUUGGGCAGCUCGGCGCUGCUCUUUUUUUUGA